UUCUGCCUGACAAAGUUGCUUUGACAUGCAGACGUGAUUAACGGCGGCGUCAUGCUGCAUUUCAAACCCAGCAGCAGCGAGAGCGAGAUGAUCGGCUAAGCAAAAAGAGAAAACAGAAAAGAAAACCAAGGGCGAUGUUUGGAAGACUUUCUCAAGAGACUCGUUGACAACGCUUCACACUCACUUGGGAAUGAAACAGCUACUUACUUUCUUUCGAUGUGCCGCGCAGAACGCAGACGGACACAGUCUUUUACCAGCAAAUUUUCAUGGGAAAUAACGGCCUGCAUUUUGACAUCACGCCGAGUUAAGUUCAAGGAAGGAUUUUCGCGGGAUCUCUGUGCACAUUUAAGACUGCCAUGACUUCUUGGAUGUGUCAUAUUUAACGUCUGCGCCAGCUGCAGUGCUCUUUUCGGCUGUUACUUAAAAAAGGGAAGAAGAGGCUGAUUCUUCGCUUUGCUUCUGAGACAUGGAUAGAGAGUUCUCAGCUGGAUUUUGCAUGCCUUUAAUUUUGGAGUAAGUAAAUGACAUUCGCUCCGGUUCGUUCGGACGGGUGCAGGCGCACAACUAAACCGGGUAAGGCAUCGCAGGUCCAGGAGAGUGAAAAAAGGCAGGUGCGCUUUGGAGUCGGCGGCUGCGCGGAGAAAGCGGAGAGCGGAGCGGUGGAUUUGGACGGUACCUGUGUGGGCUGUGGAGAGCGCAUCAUGCGGACUCGGAUGUUGCGCACAUCGAGCCAUUAAAACCUGUACGCUGGAGCGAAAACAGAAAAGCGGAUAUGGGCUCUGCUCUACAGCGUCACUGGCUAUUGUUCCAACUCCUGAUGCAGGUGUGGCUGGCCGCAAAUCCAUCCCUGAGUGACCGCCACUGCCCUAAGAGUUGUCGCUGUGAUGGAAAAAUUGUUUACUGUGAGUCAAGCGCCUUUCGUGAUGUCCCCAAGAACCUCUCAGGAGGAUGUGAGGGCCUGUCAUUACGGUAUAACAGUCUCUCCAGUCUUCGUGCAGGCCAGUUUGUUGGCCUCAACCACCUUAUCUGGCUCUACUUGGACCAUAAUUACAUUGCCUCUGUGGAUGCAAUGGCUUUCCAGGGGGUCCGCAGGCUUAAAGAACUAAUUCUUAGUUCCAACAAGAUCACAUCGCUCCACAAUACAACAUUUCAUCCUGUUCCUAAUCUGCGGAAUUUGGACUUGUCAUACAAUAAAUUACAAGUAUUGCAACCAGGGCAAUUCCAAGGUUUACGGAAGCUUCUCAGCCUUCACAUACGGUCUAAUUCCCUAAAAACUCUGCCAAUGCGUCUCUUUCAAGAUUGCAGAAAUCUUGAAUUCCUUGAUCUUGGUUACAACCGCCUGCGGAGUAUCACUCGUAAUGCACUUUCUGGCCUCGUCAAACUCACUGAGUUGCAUCUGGAGCACAAUCAGUUCUCCAAGAUCAAUUUCUCCCAUUUUCCUAGACUCUACAAUCUACGGGCUCUUUACCUGCAGUGGAAUCGCAUUCGGUCAAUGAGCCAGGGCCUUACUUGGACCUGGGCCUCUGUCCAGAAACUGGAUUUAUCCGGAAAUGAACUUACAGAAGUUGAUCCUGUUGUUUACCAAUGCUUACCGAACCUGCAAUCUCUCAACCUGGACUCUAAUAAGCUAACCAAUGUUUCUCAGGAGGUUGUUGAUGCUUGGAUCUCCCUUACCAUGAUUAGUUUAGCAGGAAAUGUUUGGGACUGUAGCCCUGCCAUCUGUCCUCUGGUAGCUUGGCUCAGAAACUUUAGAGGGGCAAAAGAGACAACAAUGAUUUGUGCCUCUCCAAAGAAAGCCCAGGGAGAGAAAGUGAUGGAUGCAGUAGAAGCCUUUGGAGUUUGUCAAUCAAUUCAAGGGACAACACUCACAAUGAGUGUUACUCCAAACCUAUCCAGUGUCCCCAUGCAGACAGAGCAUAACCCAUCUAUUCUGGCUUUACCAACUAAUUCUGGAAAGAGAGCUGAUGGAUCUCCUUGGGGUCCUACAUCAUUAGCAGUUACCCCACCUGUUGCACUUCCUCCAGAGCAAGACCUGGAGCCCGUAUCAUUCCAUAAGAUUGUGGCUGGAAGUGUUGCCCUGUUUCUGUCUGUUGCAAUGAUCCUGUUGGUAAUAUAUGUGUCUUGGAAGCGCUACCCUAACAGCGUCAAACAGCUCCAGGAGCACUCUGCAGCAGCACGUAAGCGUCGCAAGAAACCUCGAGAGACAGAGCGCACACUUAGCUCCCCUCUGCAGGAGUACUAUGUGGACUACAAGCCCAACAAUUCUGAGGCCAUGGAUGUUCUGGUCAAUGGUACAGGACCAUGCACGUACACCAUCUCAGGCUCCCGGGAAUGCGAGGUCCCCCACCAGAUGGGUGCCCUAACCUUUUACCGCUAUGAACAGCCCAUCGUAGACUACUGCCAAGCCCAUCAACCCCUGAGGCUUAACAUGGGUUAUGAAGGCCCACCACCGGGACUGGAGGGACUUGAGGACCUUGGGCCAUGUGACAGGGGCACAAUACAGACCGUGGCCUCGCCUCCAGUGCCCUCGGUUGCCAGCAUAGGAGGCCCUGUGCCAGGGGCCCGGUCCCCUCCUCCAUCCCUCAUGCAACAAACUGAAGGCCCCAGCACCAGCCCUUAUCCUCCCCCUGAACGCACUGGAACUCUCAAGUUUGGACGCUAAAGAGUCUGGCUGCUAGAGGUGGAAGAAAAGCCUGUGAUUCACCAUAGCUUCUGAAAGAGUGGGGCAGGAGAGGUGGUUCAAUGGGGGCCUUGUUUUACCACAUAAGUACAUGGAUGAAUCAACAACAUUUUCAAAAUAUACCUGAAGGGGUAUGGUAUCAGAAAUACAAAGUCUUACGGUAAUGCAGUGUGGUGGGAAACUGAUCAUUCUGAUUUUCUCUCUAAAGCAGCUCAUAGAAAUAACUCCUGUAAGCCUUCACUACCUACUGACAAAAAAGUAAUUUAGCAAAUGCUGAAAAGAGUUUCUUUGUGGCCUAAUCUGGUUUUCAGCAUGUCUGAUAUCAAUGCAAUGGCUUUCCUGUUCACAGUGGCAGCAGAAAAAUCCUGCAGUGUCGGAGAGAAAGGAGACAUGCAAUAAACACAAUAUCUUGAUUACAAAACACACAAGUAACUUGACAGAUUGCAGAGGUUUUGUGAAGCACAGGAUGCUUCUUACUGAAAUUAAAAUAUUCAUUACACAAGCUGUUGACAAAGUGAGACCUGCAUUAUUGUUCCGGAAUUAAUCACAUUCAGACUUUUUUUUUCUUCUGUUUCUCUAGAUGUUGUAUUUAAUACUGGAUUCUUUUUCUGUGCAUGUUAAACCAAAGAGUUUAUUAAUGACUUUCUUUAAUGCACAUAUAUAAAAUAUUAGCUGUAAUACAAAACAAGCCCCUGUCAGGUCACACUCACCGCCAAAGCCGCCCCGUUGUUUAUGAAUAACCAGACGGAUGAGCAAAGCACCGAAGUAUGAGUCAGGUAGCUAAACUGAAAUGUUGGAAAGAUUUAUUCCAGUGAUGAAAUGAUUAGAUAUAUGAUGGAGACCAUGAACAACAGUAUCCAAGGCAGUCUGUGCUGUAAACAAACAACAUAUACGCGCCCCUUAGACCGCACACAGCGAACCCCUGUACAAGAAUACACUUCGGCUGAAUCCAUCACUAUUCUUAAGGAAAACCUUUCAUGUGGAUAUUCAUGUGAAAAUACGUACAUUUAGAUGAAUACAUGUACAUAUUAUUCAAAGGGUGUCUACUGAAAGAAAACCACUCUCACUGCCCCAAAGUAGUCAUUUGAAACAAAUCAACAAUUGACUUUCAUCAGAACGGACUACAGAAGGAGCACCAAGUUACUAGGCUCCUCUUUCCCUGCCGCCACAGAGAACAACAAUGCUGACUUGAGGCAUGUUGAACCAGCAAGCUGUCUUCUCUUUGACCUGCAUAUGAACCCAUGGACUAUAUUGGGAAUAUUACAAGACAUUUUUUUUCUGUUUUUUUGUCCUGAAAGCGUGCAAUGGAGUUUUAUGCACUCGGUAACCCUGUGGCUGCUAUGUUGAGUACUGCUUAUGGAGCCACUGGAGACUUAACAUACAGCAGCGACAGGCUGUCAAGUAUAGUCUCUGGCACUAUCCAGAGUGUUGUGGAAGCUGACCUCAACGACUCGGGGUGCCACACAGCUCGAGCAGAUCAAUGCAUCAUUAUCAUGGGAAUAUAUGAAAAAAAUUAUUUUGUUUUUGUCUUUUCUCUUUUUGGUUUAAGGCAAAGAUAACGUUUUUAAGGUGUUCAAAUAUGAUGUCAAGAAAUUCUAUAGGACUCAAAGGGACUAAUAAAUAAAACUGAACUUAAUCAUUGUGUAAAUUAAAAUCUUUAAGAAAAAAAAUAAAGGUACAAACUUCACUUCUUCUGAAACACAAACUGUGAAAAGAAGAGGAGCCUUAUUCACGUUCCAGUGGGAAUAUGUAUUACCAGGAUGACUCGUUGAGGAGGUUCCUAUUGUAAUGCUCUUGUUGUUUCAAUGAUAAAUAUUUUUCUAUCAGCACCCUUCAUGAUAUUGCCAUUUAAUAAUUCAAAUGAUAUAGAGAUUGUCUCUCAAACCCGAUUCAUUUCACAUAUUUACAUCGACAUUGGAACCCCUAUUUUUUUUUUUUUUUGUAAAUGUCUCUGAAUGGCCUCUGUACACUUUGUCCUCACACCUGUACAUGUAAGAGGGAUAACAUUUUUGAUAGUGUUCAAACCAUCUGUUAUUUGUAACAUAGUUUGUUCAUCUUGUUUUAGAAAUCCAAUGCUAUCUGCUAUUCAAAGAUUCCCUGUGUAGAGAAUUUUGCAGCUAUGUAAGAAAAGGUGGGGUUUCUUUUUUUUUUUUUUUCGAUGUGCCAUUAUUUUCUAUACAGUAUGUUUUACAAAAACAACACUCCCAAAAACAGGUAACUCAAAUGUUAUUGAUGCAUCACAACUUCUAAAGACUCAUUCUAGUUUAUGUAAAGGUCAUUAUAUGAAAAUAUGCAGUUCACUCACUGGAUACAGUUGCUUUUUAGUGCUGGUGGAAUUUACUUUGUAAUUACAGAUGUGCCAAUGUCUUUAUAAUAGUAGCUUUCUCAGUUCUACCCAUGUAAUAUUGUCUUGCUGUCUCUUUAUCACUCCUAAUAACUCCCUGGACCGAAUUACAUGUCUGCCGCUUGGUGACUCAGAUGAACCUGUUACACUUAGUUCUAUUUCUGUCCGCAUGAUUAUAUAUUUGGAAAUUUCGUCCAUCUCGGGAGGAGAAAAAACAGCGCAGGAGAUAUUUCCAGAGAGAAUAGUCUAGAACCAGCAGCACAUGUAUCGAACAACAUCUCAGUUUCAAAGGCAUUUCAUGCUCUGACCUGUUCAUGCUCUUGUCUUGCCUGAAAAAAUAAAAUUCCCUGAAACUAUAAAAUAUGGAAGAAAAAAAGGGCUUACAUUGGGCAUCAGACAAGGAAUUUAUCUUUAUACUCUUUUCAAAAUCUUCGGUAUGUAAUUUUACCAUUAGGUUCAAAGAUUUAUUAAUGGUUUAAUUUACUUGGAAAAAAAAAA